AUGAGGAACCAGCUGGGACAGCACAACGUGUCAGAGAAGGUUCUCCGUGGCUUAUGGCUGGAACGUUUGCCCAAAUCGGUUACUCAAAUUAUUGCCCUGAUGACGAGAGCCACACCUCUUGAUGAUUUGGCAGAGUCUGCCGACCUAGUUUUCGCCCAAUCUGACCACGGCGUAAACGCAGUUCACACCCCCGACACAACGAAGCGCGAACGCUACAAGCAGAGCGCGACAGAACGGGCGUUGGCCGACCUGCAGAGACAAAUACGGGAAAUACAGAUCUCUCUGCGCCCACGGAGAAGGAGACCAUACCGACAAAAACGGAGACGAACCUCGAGCCGAGAACGGCGAAGCGACCAGAGCAUUUUUUUGGUUUCAUCGCACGUGAGCACCAUAUCAGGACGAGCGGACUACCUGCACAUUCCCACCCGCGACGACUCGCACCACACAAAUUGGCGUACACCAACGAGCAAUUUCACAAAGAUGCUGAGCGACGGCAUCAUUCGUCCUUCAGAUAGCUCUUACGCCUCACCACUGCACUUAGUACUAAAACCUGGUGGCAAGGAAUAUCGGAUAUGCUUCGACUACAGGAAAUUAAAUGCAUCAACCGUACCAGACCGUUACCCUGUCCCUCAUAUCCACGACAUUGCGUUCGGCCUACAGGGUGCCCGCAUCUUUUCAAAAAUCGACCUGACGAAGGCAUACCAUCAGAUCCCCGUGGCUGCGGAAGACAUCCAUAAAACGGCAGUCACAACACCGUUUGGCCUAUAUGAGUUCUUAAAAAUGCCAUUCGGUUUACGCUGUCCAGACCUUCCAACGACUUAUGGAUGUCCUGCGCGGGCUACCGCAACACCUGUGAGAAGUUUUCCAGCGACUUUCGCAUUACGGCCUGAACCCGAACCUGGACAAGUGCAUUUUGGGGGCGCCCAGUAUCGAUUUCUUGAGCACCACACCAAUACGAACGACAUCGCACCUAUGUCAGCUAAGAUCAGCUCGAUCCAGGAUUUUCCUGUGUCGAUGUCUAUUAAACAAUUGCGACAUUUUCUCGGGAUGAUCAAUUUCUAUCGACGAUUAAUCCCGAAUUGUGCUACUAUUCAGCCCCUGACGAACCGCUGCAGAGAAAGAACAAGGGCAUCACGGUGGAGGGAGAUUCUCUGCACGCAUUUCACACAGCGAAGACUGCAUUAG